UGGCUUUCAGAGUAGUGUGCACGUGAAUUAUUACAUCUAUCCCUUUCUGUCCAAUGAAUCUUAGUCAAUUUUUCAUUGUUGUGUCGCAACUUCAGACUGCUCGUGUUGUUGCAGCCUACAUUGCUUUUGUACUAUUUGGAGCUCCUCUCUGGAAGAGAUGCACCAGGCCACUAAGGAUUCCAUCAUCCAUUCUUGUAGCUCACAACACAGUUUGCGUGCUUCUCAGCUUGUACUGCUCUAUAUAUCCGUUGGCCGUUGUUAUCAGCAGUGGUAGCAUAUUUAGUCUAGAGUCAGGAGAUCCUCGUCUGUCAAGAGCUUUCUUUAUCUACUGGGUGUCCAAAAAUAUUGAGCUAUUCGACACCUUUUUUAUGGUCCUUCGUCAUAGCUUUCGACAGCUCACAUUCCUUCAUGUCUUUCAUCAUUCGACAAUGGCGUUACUCAGUGACUAUGCUUACCACUAUAGCCCGUGGCCGGCUGUGGCAUUUCCUCUCGGAAUGAAUUCUGUAGUUCACGUUGUACUUUACUCUUACUAUGGCUUUUCAGCAUGGAGACCUCAGAAUUUGCCAGCAUGGCGAAGACACAUCACAGAACUGCAAAUCCUUCAGUUUGUAAUUGGUCUAAUACAAGCAUACUUUGGAUACAAAUAUCACGGGUUUUGCAUCUAUGGGCAGUUCUAUGCUGUUACAAUGAUCAUACUCUUUGGGAACUUUUACAUUAGGGCAUAUAUACUGAAGAAACCGAAGAAGGAAGAAAAAGUACACGUAUCUUAGGUCUAAAUUUCAUAAUUUGUUGUGCUGGUUUUGAGGCUUGUGUUUGAAUAGGUAAACUUUUGUUUUUGUUAUUGCCAUUUCUAAUGUUUAUUUAUGUUGAUAUUAUAACACUUAUUUAAUGGACUUGGUCACUAUUACAGUAUGGCGAUUGUUAGGUGGCAAUGGUUUAUCUAAAUAUCUCUAUUGCCUGACAUACAUUUCUUCAGUGAUGUGCAUAAAUAUAGGCACUUUG